GCAAAGCAGGAGGGAACCGAGAUAAGUUUGUUAGUUGCAAAAGUGAAGGCAUAAGAGUCACAACACCACCAGGAGCAGUACUGUGUCUGAUCUGAUGUGAGAAGCUCGUUUACCCAAAGGAGGAGGAGAUAUCACAUCAUGAACGCGUCCCGCGUUGCAGCAUUGCUCUGUCUACAUUUGAUCUCAAAGCGCCUUGACUCAAAGUGUUAACCAAAAGCACAACAGAAUUGACAGCGUCAUUUGUGUUAGCAGUGGUUCUAUGUAGCUGGAAAGAAAGACGACAUUAUAAUGCUUUGCGGAAGCAGAGAGAAGGGCUUACGCUAGACUUUUAGUUACUGUACCGUUCAGAAUUCUGUUGGUGUUUAUUCCCGCUCUGAUUAGAAGAAGUAUUGAGACAGUAUAAACAGGUUGUGGAAAACAGUGUAUAAAGUGUAAAGAAAAGCAGAGUUUGUUUUUGUUCAAGAGGGAAUAUUGCACAGAUUUUCCUCUGCAGUUGUUACAAAGAAAGUGGUGCUGAAUGCCCGAAAGGAAAAUCAUUUUCGAGUACACUGAGACUGAACCGAACGUCAUCACCGCAACCAUGGUUCUUCAAAACGUAGAUGAUGAUGACUUUUCCUUCAGGGAGAAAAUCAUGAAGAAGAAAUAUUACUGCAAAAACAACAAGAGGAAGAAGCAACAGCCAUUCCCUAACAUGGAUGUCUUCAAAUUUUCAGACUACGAUUGCAUUGGUUUUGACUUAGACAACACAAUUUGCCGCUAUAAAAUUGGGGAAAUAAUGAGGCUCGAGUACAACCUUAUCGCCGAUUAUUUAGUAAAUCGCUAUGGAUACGAGCAGGAGCUUCUUCUUCCUAUUGAUGAUGACAUGGAUUUCCUGCAGAAGGGCCUCAUCAUGGACAUUAAGCGGGGGAACUUUCUGAAAUGCUCCGACGAGGGUCAGAUCCUCAGAGCAACACAUGGGACCCGUCCUAUGACUCAGCAAGAAAUCGUAGACACGUAUGGGUCUGAAAGGACGUGGGAACCCGUUCUUGAUUUCAUGAGAACGCUCGCUGACCCUCCUGUGAACGGUCCGAGUCCGCCUUUGCUUCGUUCAUUCAAGGAUUACUUCGAUUUGCCUGCUGCAGUUGCUUGCGCCAGAGCUAUUGAUGCCCAGGACAGCUCGGAAGAAGGUCCCCUCGAGGAAUAUGACAUUUGGCCUGAUGUUCACGUUGCAAUGUGCAACAUGUACCGCCGGGAACAUUUCCGGAAUGACCUCGGUGGGUUCUUCCCUGAAAUCAAAGCAAACCCUGAUAAAUAUAUCUACGAGGCGAGCGACAAGAUGAAAAAGUGGCUACGGGCGAUCAAUGACCAUACUUUCACAUUCCUCAUCUCUGGAUCGAGCAUUGAUUAUGCCUCUAUGAUUGCUCAUUAUGUUCUUGGACCUGAUUGGAGAGAUUAUUUCGACAUGAUUAUUUGCACGGCGAAAAAACCAGGAUUCUUCUCGGGCAAUCGUCCUUUCCGCCAGGUUGAAGGGGCGGAUGAUGCCGAAGAAGUUCCUGCUCAUAAGCUGUACAUUGACGAAACCUAUUCUGGAGGCAACUGGUCAGAUCUCCUGAGUUUAGUCAAACGCGAAAGCGGCGUUGAAAAUCCUCACUGCCUGUACGUUGGCGACCACAUUGCACAAGAUGUUGUUGCUCCCUCCCUACGAGGCAUUGACACCGUGGCGAUAGUAGAGGAACUAGCGGCAGAGGGCAUGACUGGUGAUUCAAUGAGCCAUGAUGCAGGUUCAGACCUUAUGAGUAUGUACUGGGGUUCAUUCUUCACAACAGAUGGAGACCACAGUGUGUUUGGCCUCGACCGUAUUAAUACUCUCUAUGGUUCCGUACCACUGAAACAUUCUAGGCUCGCAAUCCCUAGCAUUGAAGCGGUGGCGCGAUAUCCCAUCAAACACCAGUAUGAAGCCUUUAGUCCCGAUACUUCUGGUUUCUUCCCUGGUGACCCUGUCAUUCUCCACUUCUAAUGCGCAGAUCAUUGUCGGGUCAGCUGUCGUAAGGAUAGUGAGGGAGACAGACAGUCGACAAUCGCAUUUUGCUCCUGAGAAGUUGACCGUCAUCUUGGGCAGCGCUGCCAACCUUUGGUACUUCUUGGAGUUCAUUAUCAGCAAGGGAGGCUGGACCUCUUGGGUAAUCAUUUUUGAGGAACCGCAGCCGUUGGCAGUGCUCCAAGUCAUUGGUACAUAAGUGAGACAUAGAUAUCAUCUAAUUUGUCACAAAGAGAAGACAUGCAUCAGAGGUUAAAGGAGCGGAACAGUGUCAUCAUAAAAAGUGAUAGUCUCGAGAUAGAAAUAAACUUUAAAAACUUGUUAUCCGAAGGACAGAUACCUAGACUGAGAGGAAAUCAUUGAAAGAUAUGAACAGUAAAACCGAAAAAUAAAAAAUAUGUUGAAUUUCGCAAAAUGAAACGGGGCCAAAAAGAACAAACGCAGCAAGAAAAAAAAACAUAAUUUUAAUGCGUUGUCGAGUUCAGAAUAUUUUCAAUGUUCUUUUUGUAAUGUUGAUUUGUUGAUUUUUGCUUUCUAUAUAUAAAAACAAUGUAAAUAUUUUUUUUUCCGACAUGAAACGGAUGUAUUGAAUGUUCUGUACAUAUGAAUAUCCUAAUGACAGAUGCUUGUGCUUAUAGAUUCAUAGGUUUUCUGUUGUAACUUCUAAUUAGAUGCUUGGUUAUGUUUUAACCGUAUUUGAUUAUAGUAUAUAUUAUACUGUACGAGCUUUAGAGGCUAGAUUUAGGUAACAGUUAAUAUCAGACGUAGUGAUGCCGUUUUUUUUUUCCCCCUUUUAAAAUGCUGAGUGAAUAUUGUUGUUUCUGUUAGAUAAGAUCUCCCUGCAACUUUUGACCUAACAUUUAAAAGCGGAAGCUUUCAUGUGUUCACUAGGAAGAGAGGACUUUAGAGUUCUUGUUACUUGUUUCAGCUGUACAUAUUGUUGAAAAGAACUCGGUACGGGAGUUCUCCUCUUCUCCGUACAUCCUCCUUGUUGAUAUUACUCGUUAAUUUUAUAAACUCCAGUUCUCUGCAACAAAUCACUAGUGGUUAAUCAGAUAGUCAAAGCGACAUUAUGUAUUACCAGCUCAACUUAAAAACUGUCAUACGCAGUUUAGAACUUGGGAGUUCCUUUAUUUUUGAUUACCUUUGUUUCUAGAUAUAAACUUGAUUUCCCAAGGCGGGAGAAAGAGUGCAGUUCUUUCUUGCCGGCCGAUACACAUAUCCUGCCUUUUAUUUCAGUCUUAUUUGAGCUCUCUCUCUUUAACUCGUCUUGCUUGGACUCAGAAUAUCCCCACCGAGAUUAUCAGGUCCACCCGAGCGACGCUGCUUGUUUUAGUCUUAAACAUUAUCCAGUUAUUGGGAAGAACAAAUCUUACUGAGAAGAACAAGGGAGACGUACAUCUGUAAAUCUUAUUUUCAAGUCUUUUGGCAGCGCUGCCUGAUGCACCUUGGCACAAAGCCAUCUGUUUACUUCUUGAGGUCCUGUGAUCUGAGCCAAGCUCCUUUGAGUUCUAUUAGUUCCUGUUGUCUAGUUGACAUAUAUAUUUUUUAUCAUCUGUGAUGAAUAUCCACAUGUAUAAAGAUGCCAAGCUUUUUUUUUUUUUUUUUUUUUUUUUGCUGUUGCUUGGUGCACUACACUUGCUUUAAAACUCUUCAUUCAGUUUCUUUUGGAAUUAUAUAAAUAGCUUUGUAUUAUUCCUUAUACAUGUGUAAUCACUAUAUAUAUAAUCUAUAAUAUA